AUGAGUGAUGUAUCUAUGGGUUCAAAUAAAGAGGUAAUCCAUGAUGUUUGUGUAUUAUACUUAUCCAUUCCCCCAGGUAUUGAUCAUGCUCCAUCAGCUUAUCAAGUUGUAGAAGGAAAUGAGCUGAUUCUUUUCUGUAAUGCCACUGGAAAUCCAAAGCCUGACAUUACUUGGACUAAAAAAGGAAAAAGCUGUGAACUGCCCACAUCAGAGACUCUUACAUUAACAAAGCUGACACGAGAAGAAGAUCAAUCUAUUUACAAAUACCUACUACAACCUCCAAUACAACAUUGUUCCACUCCAGUAAAUGAAGGAGACAAUGUAACAUUAAACUGUAAGGGAAAUGGUAAUCCAUCGCCUCGCACAUUAUUUUUGUUUCUGUCCAAAAGAUCCACCAGCAUCAACCAUGAUUGCAACUGUUCCCACAAACACUAUACAGUGCUACGUGGUAGUACAUUGGUGCGGAGGUGUGAUGUAGAAGGGAACCCUGAUGCUCAUGCUUAUAACCUCUACUUUAAUGGCAACUUUAUCGGUAACAGUAGCUGUGGUGUGUUUAACAUCAGUGUGAAGGAAGAUGGAGAGUAUACUUGUGUUCCUGUCAACAAAUUUGGCAUAGGAAGCAAUGGCAGUGUCAGUGUGAAUGUAGUUGUGUCCCCAGUUGCUGAGGUUGUUCUUCAAGCUGGCACAGUUGAGGAAGGUGGAAACAUUACCUUGAUCUGUAACAGCAGUGGUGUUCCUUCUCUAUCUGUUGUCUGGACUCAAGUUGGAACUGCAAAGGUUUUGUAGGCAGACCAGGGACACCAGAUAGCGUGAACCAGUAUCAGUAUACAGCCAGUAAUGGAGUGGGUUCACCUGCUACAGUUGUAGUUAACAACUGUUCAUUGUGAGUUGAUAACUUCAUAAUUAUAUAUAAUUAUGUGCUGCGUGGUUAUCUGUUAAUUGUACCAGUAUUGCAUUUCAUUACGAAAAGGCUCUGUGCUUGAAGAAGAAGAAGGAGAAAAACAGGAGAAAUAGAGGAUAUUUCAUGGCCACUUGGAGAUACUGAUAACAUGUUAUUUAAAAAAACACCUUAUAUUUCACACGAGAUGAUCUUUAUUUUCACGCGUGAAAACGAGAUCUGUUGGUCGAUGUUGAUCUUGCUUGAAGGCUUUUUUUUUUUCUGCAAAUACAUACAUGUUUCAAAUUGUAAGUAAUUAGUUACUUUAAAGGUCCUCCAGAGACAGUCAGAUAUCUCUAUCCACGACAGUCGUCACUGAAGGUAGCAAUAUCAAACUUGUCUCCCAAACUACUGGGAAUGUAUGACCAAAUAUAACUUGGACUAAGAUGGGACGUCGAGGGAACUAUCAGUUCGAAAUUAUUCAUCUCAUCCAUAUUUGUUCAAAUCUACAACAAAGACUCGAUCAUAGAAAGAUGUGUUUCAUAUACUGUAGGGUUGUGUUUGGGUGUAAAGUGAAGUAUCUCAUUCUUUUAAUCUGAUCAAAUCCUGCAGAGAUAGUGACUAAUCCUAAAGACCAAGCGUUGAGGAUAGGAGAGAAAACAGCUCUAUCUUGUGACGCUGUUGGUAAACCUGUGCCGAACAUAACCUUCUCUGGAGAGAAUGUCACAGUUGUCCACAGCAAGAAACUUGUUGUCAACAGCUCCCGUAUAACUUAUUUUAAGAUCUACACAUGUACAGCAUUUAAUGUAAUACAGACACCAGUAUCUGUCACUGCGACUGUUACU